AAUUUCAUGUCGAACUGUGAACCGGCUUUGGUGUGCAUAUGCGUGUGUAAUGGCCGCGGGAGGAGGGCUAGCAGUAGAAGACGCCCUCUACCACCAGGCCAGGGAUGUUCAGGGAAAAGAGUUCGAGGAGUGGGUAGGCAGUGUGAGGAAGACUCUGGAACUAAAUGACAGGGGCUCCAACUGUAUUACCCUCCUGCGACAGCUAUUUGUCCUCAAUGCCGUCACCAAAUACUCUCGAAAUCUGAGUGGGUCGGUUUUUGAGCUCCUGCAGUCUGUGGUACUGGAACCGGAGCAGGGCCCCGGGAGACUCCGCCUACUGGCCGCAGCAGUCCUCCGAGAGCUGGCCCCCUCGACGCAGCAGGUGUUUGUGAGGGACUUUGGGCCGCCUGUAGAGGAGAGGAACGUCCAGUACCUUCUACCAGUGCUACUGGCACAGGGGAACACUCAAGACAGACUCAGUCUCCUUACAGCUUCUCACAUAUUCAGGUGGCUGACUCAACCCGGCUGCGAUGAAGAACUUCAGCUGCAGUCUCUCUCCUGCCUGCAUGCCCUCUGCUCCCACCCUGGAUCACUCCACCAUCUCUCUGAAGAACAGAUUCGUGCUGUUGGUAGUCAGAUGUCGGGAUGGCUGCGUCACGCCAGUCGCAGCUGUCUUCCUGCCCCAGCCUCGUCCAGCAUCAGUCUCUUCUCCACCUCGGCCAAGAAACAGAUGCAACCUGUGAAAGAAAUUGACGGGUCUACCUCGCCAGACAUAUUCACAGUUCUUAGCCUUGGUGGCCAUUACUCAUCAGACCAGCUGCUCAACAUUCUCUCCUUCUCCCUGCUGCGACGCUGGCUCCUCUCCACCCUCACCACCUCCUCCACUCACCCCUCCUCCCCUUCCCCCUCUCACACCCCUUCCGAAUUCCACUCUCUCUCACGAGUCUGUCAUAAUAUAUUGGAAACAUUUUAUAUAGAGUUAGAGUAAAAAUUUCACUGGUCACUAUAAAUUUUUCCCUUCAGGUGACGUCAUCCCCAGGAUCAAUGACUGGCCGCUCCUCCAUACAGAAUCUCUUCUCCUCUCUCCCCACGCCUCUCCCCUCCCCACUCCCUCCCGCCUCACACCCCUCCCCCACCUUCACCGCUUCCAUGGUG